CAGUCGGGCAAGCGUUUUGUGCAAGAUUUUGUGGAAGUCCCGAAUUUUAAGAAUAAUUACCAUAUGAUCGCAGUUUCUGUAUUAUAGGAUAGUAUAUAUUAUUCUAAACAAAAUCAAUAGUUGUUGUAUGAUACUUAUAUUACGUCUUAUCUAGGUCAGUGUGGUGAGUGUUUUAUUAAUUUUAUUAUUACGCUUGGUAACGUGCAAAGCGGUCAGAUUUCACACGGAAAGCCGUAUAAUGAAGUUUAGGUGUAGUGUUUUACUAUGACAUGGCCUUACAGUGUGUUGAUGAGCUGAUUUCCGUGCAGUGAAUUGACCGUUGGGCCGUGGUAUGUGACCAGUUUCUUGCAGAAUCAUCGAGUCGAGUGUCACGCCGAGGCGGCUCGCGCUCUCGCGGCAGUUUUGCGUGAGACUAGCCUCUGUACCCUCUUGCCAGAGGUCUCAGUCACUCGCAACUCUGUCAUCUUCUUACGACCUUUGCUGUGCUUAAAUGCCGACAGAAAUGACGAAAGUCUGCAGCGAGCGAUGGAAAAAUCCAACUGUUGUGGCACAUUGGAUUUUUAAUGCCAUCACUAUUUGUGGACUAUCUUGUACAUCUAUUUGGUAAUAUUGUGAAUAACCUUAAAGGUAAAUCUUUUCACUCUUCAGCCGACUGUUAGGUACACUUGUGCAAGCUUAUUUUUGUUAGUUAAGCUGGUUUUAAAAUGGCCUUACAUUUGUCCACUCAGUACAAAUCACCAUACACCGCACUUCAUACCUCAACAAUGUACUGAACAAUAUAAAAUAAAUGCUGCCUUAUCAUAUUCUCCAAAUAAAUGUCUAAUUAGCAUUUUGUGGUCUUUUAUUUUAUUACUGUUUUCAGAUUACACAAUAUUUAUACAAGUACCAACACACUAUUUUAUACAAUACAAUCUAAGUAGUUACCUACUGUGAUUUAUUUGUCUCAAGUAGUAAUAAGUCCAUCUUACAUCUCUCCCUUGUUUCAUUAACAUAGUUCAGAAUUUUGUAUUCUCUUUGAGUACCUAGAUGAGAAUUCAUGUUUACAUUUCAGAUGCAAAUUUUUGAAUUUGAAAUUUGUAGAUAGGUACCUAUAACCAUAUUUUUAAAAUGAACAUUAUUUUUUUAUAUUCAUAUUAAUCCUAACCUUAUUUCGAAAAGUGUGAAUACUAUUCAUCAUGUGUAUAUAUUAUAAAGAACUUGUUAUUAUACAAAAAUGUACACCUAUUUACUUUUACUUCAUAAGCACAUUUUCAGCUUCUAAUUUUUAGGUUACAUAGGUAGCAAAAAUGAGUGAAGCGGAACCACCAACAAAGAAACAAAAGGUUGAUGUUGAUGGUGGUGAAGAAACCACAAUUGAAGAAAAUGUGGCCCAUAAAGACUUCACCUUGGAUGUUGACAUGGAUGAUGGAGCCAAUUUUACAGUCAGCGAAGACAAGUAUAACAACUUUGUUAGACCGGAGGAGCUGGAGAGACUUCGUGAGUUCAAGGUGCUGGACGAAGUGAAAUCCAAUGAUGAGGACAGCAACGAAGAAGAUUCUGAUUCAUCUGAUGGCAAAUCCGACGGAGUACCGGAGGAUGAGAUUGAGAAGAUGCUGGAGGAGGAUCUGCCCGAGGACUUCAAGGGAGCACCCAAGCCCAAGGAGAAGCCCUACAUCACGCGCCAGAAGGUCGUGCUUGAAGAGAAGGGCGUGAACCACUUCGAGGUGCUGCCGCUGGACUGGAUGAUGGUGCGCCACUACAGCGGGAUGCCGGUUUACAUGCACCGCACCUCGCGAGUCUGCACGCUGUCCAAGCCUUACUUCCUCGGCAAGGGCAACACCAGGCGACAUGACAUCCCAAUCAGCGCUAUACCAUGUCUAGCCUACAGAAGAGCUUUAGAAGAAGAAAAGAAGCAGAAAGAGAUAGACCAACAGAUAGAAGAGCAAAUCAGAAGCGGCACGUGGCAACAAAAUGAUAAGAGUAAAAAUAUAGCCAAUAACAAAGGUGAUGUAGGUAGUAAGACUGAUGAUGAAGUACAAAAAUCUAGUGAAAUUACGCUUAAAUGUCCUUUCAAACAUGGUAAGAGAGUAGAUCAGGUGAUUAACAUAGAAGCUAUGAAAGAAAAUGCAAUAAUAUCUUCUACGCAAGAAUCCAGGGAGGAGUCCACUAGUGUUCACCUUCAUACAGUUGAAGAUCAGAGUUCAGUAAGCGAGAAAGAAGUAGACAAGUCGAAUGAAGAGGAUAUUAUAGAAACAUAUAAAAAUCAUCACACUGAACCAGAUAAUAUCGAUAAAACAGUUGACGAUCAACACAAGACAAAAGAAGAUGUUCCUUCUGAAAAUAAUGAUAAAGCUGAAGUAAUAGAAGCUAAUAACGAGACUAACAACGUACUAAGCGAAAUAAAUGAAAAUAAAACCAAUGACGACGCCAAAACGAAUGAUAGCCAGACUAAUGAAGUAGAAACCAAUGAGGGUCAGGAUAAGACGAAUGAAGAAGCGGAAAAAGAGAUACCACUGAACAGACAGCCAGUGGUGCUGCCUGGUGGUAUAGUGAUGCCUCCACCACGAGUGGAGACAGUCAGUACCAGUUGGAAGACACAGCACCUGACGCAUGAACAGGUGAACAACUAUUGCAAGAAGCUGUUCAGGUUCAAGACUGUCAACAUUAUGCACUUCAAACGCUGGGCGGACCGUCGCAAGUACACGAAAGCUCGCAAGACUCUGCAGUACCCCACGCUGCCAGAGGGCACCAAACUGAUCACCAUCCCCGCGCAGCCUACCGCCUCACAGGAGAAUGGAGGGGGUAAAUCCAACAAGCGCGACUGGGUGAUGAACAUGAACGGGCGCAGUUACCUGUCCGUUUUCCACGAGUACGUGCGUCGCGCGCUGCAGAAACAACCCGUAUAUGAGUUCAAACAGCUGGAGAACGCGUCGACCCCGUACCAAGCGACAGUGUACAUCGGCGGCAUGCAGUACGGCGUGGGCCACGGCUCCAGCAAGCGCUCCGCCAAGUCGGCCGCCGCUAGAGCCUCCAUACACAUCCUGAUCCCGGAGAUGAGGGCGGACUUGGAUCACGCGCCGCAGGACAACGCUAACGAGCCCGACUUUAGCUUCUUCGACUACGUGGGCAUCGAGGACCCUCGCAUCACGGAGUUCUGCGCGGCCACGUGCGAGCCGUCCCCCCACGCCAUCCUGCGCACCUGCCUGCUUAGGAACUUCGGCGCCGGGGACAAGCACAUACACACAGAGAUGAAAAAAUUGGAGUAUCAGAAAAUCGAGUUGACAAUGAAAGUAGGCAAGCACACGGCCACCGUCGUCUGCAAGAACAAGAAGACGGCCAAGCAGCGCGCCUCGCAGGCCAUACUGCAGGCCCUCCACCCUCACGUCCGCUCGUGGGGCUCCCUGCUCCGCCUGUACGGGUCUCGCUCUGUAAAAAGCUGCAAGGAGAAGAAACUCGAAGAGCAACAGAUCACGCUCCUACAGGACGCAGCGAGACACAACGAACCCAACUACGCUGUGUUAGAGAAACUUAGGCACGAAAUGAAGAAGCUUCGAGAAAGAGAUGAGGCUGUAGUGCCGAUAGGUACUUUGGUGGUCAAAGAUGAUUUGCCGACGCACUCGGGGUCCAAUCUGAACAACGUUGAUCUAUGACGAGGGUGUCAGUUUAUUACGAGUGUGUUGAAUUAUUGUUCGUUCGUUCGCUUCUGUUUUGAUAUUUCCGAUUCAGGCAAAUACUUCCUAAAUCUUUACAUGCAAACAUUCCUAAACGUUGAGUUUUGAAAAGGUUGCAAAAAAAUCAAAAAAAUCUAGGUGGUUUAAUAGUGAUAAACUACAGGAGACUUUGUAUAAUUAAUAUUCCCGCUAUCGACUUUCGCUCUAAGGACAGUGUUGCUGCUUCCGCACACUCUGCCUAAUAACGAGCCCGCUUUUUUACGCAUAACAGCGAAAAAAUAUUCAUAUUGCCGAGCACCCGUCUCUUUCUCUUAGUGUGGAAUAGAAAGUGACAUGUAUAUUAAGGAAAUGUAUGCCUGAGUCGAUACUAUUGAAAAUAUUUAGAUACCCACCGUUAAAUUAAUCCUUCAUUCAAGUCUGUAAACGCCACAUAUGCGCAUAUCAUAAUUAUGUGUGCAAUAAAAAUGUCAAAUAGUUUUUUGCUUUUUUUAGAUGAAUUGCUUCAAACUGUCUUCCCGAUCAUUCUUCUGUUGUAUGAGCAUACGCAUCCAUAAAGGUCUACACACAAUGGCGAUGCCGCUCAGAUAUCUCGAUGUAGUAGACAUGUAAUCAAACGAUAAAGUCCAGUCAGUACUCCUUCUAUACAGGGUGUUAGUGACAUCGUAACGAAUACUCAGGGGGUUGAUUCAGACCAUGAUUCGUUAAUAUCAAGUGAAAUUUUUCGUCGCAAAAUUGAUGAUUUUCAAUUCUAUACUUCUGUGAUGAAAAAUUCCACUUGACAUCAACUAAGAAUCAUGGCCUGAAUCAUCCCUCAAAGUUUUCGUUACGAUGUCACUAACAACCUGUAUGUGCAGACCUUUAAGGUAGUCAACAUUUAGAUAAAUAAUUCAAAUACUUAGUUUUAAUGGGCAAUUAUUAUUUUACUACCGCGUAGGCGUAGCGUCUGUUUCUGUUAUUUAUCUCUGAAGGCGUAGUUAUAGUUAUAAAAGUCAAUCGCAGCAUUUAUCUAUUGGUAUAUGCCUAAUAUGCUUAUGUAUGACUCCACUUACUGCGUCAUGAGCUAUAUAAUGUACCUACUUUAGGACUCUGUCGCACUAACAUAUUUGACAUUUAGUGAGACUUACAGUUCAAUUUGUCAAAAAAGUUAAUGUGACAUGGUACCAAAGUGUAUACAUAUUAAUGCUCGUGACCGUACUAGCUCGUGUUUGUGACGUCAUUCAUUUAAGCGUACAGGCAUUUGCUAGGUAAGCGUGAUCCAUCCUAGACCACAUCGUAGCUUACCAUCAGGAGAGGUAGAUUUCAUAGAUAUAAUUUGUGUACUGAAUAGUGGUCCGGCUAGGGAGUAUCACACUUAAGGGUGUUAGGACCCUCGCUCAGCAACAAUAGAUGGCGUUAGUGUAGCGGUGAUCGAAAUGAUUAUUUUUGUCAUAGAUAAACAAAACUAAAUGAGCUCUACAUCUUUUUAAAUAAAUAAAUAAUAAAUAAAAAUCGUUUAUUUCGGACAAAGUCCAUAGAAUGUUAGUAUACAAACGACUUAUAAACUAGUGUUAGUAGGACAUUAUUCGGGCGAUCGUAAAUACAAAUUAUAGGGUGUGAAGCUCCAUCCACCUUUCUAGAAAGGGGGAGUCCCACCUAUCACAUAACGUCUUCAGGAUACUGUUGGGGCUGGCUCGAGUCCGCGUGAGAAGCGACGCACAAUAUCCUUUUUGCCACUACUUGAAGGUCUCGAGAACCUACAAACAAUAAAGAAUAUUAUAAAUCCUUCCUAUUUUCUUCAAGUUUACACUGGGUCUGAAGUUACGUCCUCUUUUUGUUACAAAUAAACCUUUACAAAACUUUUUUUUUUAUGUGGUUUCUAAUAAUAAAUAAUAGAAAUAAUUAAGUAGGAAGUUGACAAUAACUUCAGACCCAGAGUAAACCUGAAGAAAAUAGAAAGGAUUUAUAAUAUUUUUUAUUGUUUGUAGGUUCUGGAGACCUUUAAGUAGUGGCAAAAAGGUGUAGAGCUUAUUUAGCUUAGUUUAUCUAUGACAAAAAUAAUAAUUUCGAUCGACGAAUGGCAUGGCUACAUUUGCGCUAUCUAUUGUCGCCGAACUAGGGUCCCAACACCCUUAACCUGUUUUACCUAGUAUAUUAGUUAUUCCAUGCUAUUACUCAGUUAUUGUAAAAAGUUGUAUAUUGUUACAAAAGCGCAAAAGUGAGAUCUUAUCACAGGGAAAACAAGAAAUACUAGUUAAUAAGUUUAAUGGUUAAGUAUAUGAGUUGAUGUUCAGAUGUAAUGUGAAAUAAUUUGUAUAUUUUUUGGGAAACGCGCCGUCUUGUGCGAUCAACUGUGCAAUGUGUUAUGUGACGUCAUAUCUACCUAGUACCUAAUACUAGUCUUUAUGAAUACUAUGAUAAGUAACAACCCUAUAGUUUUCCUUAUUAACAAACAAAUCGGCUUUUGUAAAUGAUUAUUGAUGUCUGUAUUUCGAAGUGUUAAAUAUAUUAUUCGUGAUAAUAAAUAGGUAAAUGUCGUGCCCAAUUAUAUUUGAACAAGUACAAUUACAAGUAUAGCUUUACCAUCAUAUCAGGCGGGUUAGGGGCCGUCAAUUAAUCAUGUGACGUUUUUUUGGCAUUGUUAAUUCCCUCCCCCCCUCGAGCCUCGCAUCAUUAAUGGACGACCCCUUAUAACGGCAAAUGUCAUUGACAUGAAUAUUGUGAAAUUGUGCUUUUUAGAUGAAUUUAAUGCUGCCUUUUUAGACCCGCUGAACUCUUUUUACAGAGACGCGUGGCAAUCUGCGUGAACGCUUUCAUACAUCGUCAUAUGUUUGAUUUCAUCGCGCGACACGCCGCAGAAUGCUUCGCGUCUUUAUAAAUGAGCCUCUUCACUUAACUUUUUCCUAUGGUUUAUGCUUUUUAGGAAUAGUAUUAUGUACUCUGCUAUCUAUGUUUCUUGUAGGUGUUACUUUCGACUGCUAUUCUAUUUUAUUUAGUUAUCAAUAAAAUAUGAAAUUAUCAAUCAUUA